GUGUAGGAAGCAAGUACCAAGAACCUUCAGUGGGAGUGGAAUAUAAGAGCAAAGGUUUACGUGUGUGGGUGCAGUUGUUGGCGUUUCCUGUACAUGAACGGGAGAGGAUCACCGCAAGCAAUCUGAGUUUUUAUGCAAACGGAAAACAAAGUACAAGAAAACACAACAAUGCAACUCUUGAUUGUGCUUACUGUAUGUCUCGGGUUGGCCAACUCGAUGACUUUAGGUCGUCCCCAACCAAGAGAAGAAGAAAGAGAGAUCGGAUUACUAUCUCAGAAGUUGGAAGGUGAGAAAGAACGGGGUGGUUAUGGUGAUGAAGAGAGACGCUGGAUGGGAGAAGAGGGUGGAGAACUGAAAACAACGGAGGAGAAACGAAAAGAAGAAGAACUUGCAUCCCUGAAGGAAGAGCUGGUCAGAGUACUGAAAGAAAAACUCGCCAAGAAAGGGGAAGAAUGGAAGAAGGAGGAGGAUGAGUUGAAGGAGGAGGAGGAGGAAAAGGCUGAGCUUGAGGAACGCCGAUUGGCCAUUCAGAAGGAAGCAGAGGAGAAUCGAGCCCAAGAAGAACGUGCAUCGCUAAAGGAAGAGCUGGUCAGAUUACUGGAAGAAAAACUCGCCAAGAAAGAGGACCAAGGAGACGAAGAUGAUGAUGAGGAGGAGGAGGAGGAAAAGGCUGAGCUUGAGGAACGCCGAUUGGCCAUUCAGAAGGAAGCAGAGGAGAAACGAGCCCAAGACGAACGUGCGUCGCUAAAGGAAGAGCUGGUCAGAUUACUGGAAGAAAAACUCGCCAAGAAAGAGGACCAAGGAGACGAAGAGGAGGAGGAGGAGGAGGAAAAGGCUGAGAUUGAGGAACGCCGAUUGGCCAUUCAGAAGGAAGCAGAGGAGAAUCGAGCCCAAGCCCAGGAAGAAGAAAAGGAGGAGGAGAAAAAAAAGGCUGAGAUUGAGGAACGCAAAUUGGCCAUUCAGAAGGAAGCAGAGGAGAAACGAGCCCAAGCGGUUGAGCUUGAAACUCUUCAUGAGGCAGAAGAAGAGAAGAAACGCGAAGGAGAAAUAGAAGUUGCAGCCUUAAAGGAGGAGUUGGUUAGGCUUCUUCAAGAGGAGAUCGCUAAGAGAGAAGAAGAGGAAGAUGCACUUAAAAAGGAAGCCGAGGAGGAACGUGCCAAAGAACUCGAACGUAAAACCCUUCAAGAGGAGGAACAAAAACGCAUGGAAGAAGAGCUAGAACAUGAAACUCUUGCCGAGGAGAAAAAAGGAGAGAAAGAAGAGAUGUUAUCAGCCGUCAUGAAGGAAGAGAUGCUUAGAGUUCUGCGGGAGAGGCUCGAAGAGGCUCAAAAAGAAGAGUAAUUACGCUUUGGGCACGAGACUGAAAUCGAUUUAACCUCCGAGGGAGGCAGCGUGGAGACCCACUUUGGAUAGAUUUGAUGAAAUUCUUUAGGAUUUGGGGUUGCAGUUAUUGAACACUUUUUGUGCAAGAUAUCUCUUUAAUUUUCAUUGCUUUAAAAUAUCCAUAAUGACCAUACAAGCUUUUAAUUUAAUUAAUCAAUCAAUUUAAUCGACAUUAUUACUUUUUUUGUAAACAAAUAAAAAUAAUAAUAGUAAACAAAUUAUGUGAGUAAUUAUUUAAGUCAAAGACGGUCAAGAACAGAUCUAGAAAUUAAAUAAUGAAAUUAAGUGAAAACUUCGAUGACCAACUAGGCCAUUUUCACAGGUUUGUUAAGAUAUGCUAUAGUUUGGAUAAACCAAGUGAGAAUACUUGUAUUUUACAAUCACCACAGUUUACCCUUUCGUUUGCAUUGUACCCACUUUGCAAUACACGCACCCCUCAACCGAUGGAGUCCGUAUUCGAUAUUAUGAUCCAUCAAAGAAUCAUGCACCAAAUUGUGCGAAUUUUAUUUCAAAUAUCAGUCAAAAUGCCAUCUAGAAAAUUUAAGGUUAUAAGUAAUUUAAAUAUAUCUAAUGGGUUUUCGGAUUUUCGUCGAGAUUAUUCUUCCUUUUUAAUAAACACCGAGUAAAAUAACAGGUAGAUAACUAGAUAAUGGUUUGUAAUACUGGUAACUGGCCCAACAAUUAAAGUUAAAAGUAGAUAACUUGUUCGACAAAGUUGAAAGCUUUCAUUUAAAGUUCUGUACGUAAAACUUCAGACUUUUAAUUCAAAACACGGUCAUCUGAUGCCAACCAGCCGUUCCUCCAUGCUUUCACCAUGGAGGUAGAAAUUUCACAAUUGAAGUUACUCACACAAUGGCACGCAAGGUCAAAGGUGAAUCUCGCUUGUAACUGUGGCAGGUUCUAAUCGCCCGUCUGGCGCUACACAGAGGCCUCGAAGUGUGACGUCAGAUGUUGAAAUUGGAAUGUUUUAUUCUAAACAGUUAUUAGUUAAAAAACAUGUUAGGAAGUGCAGCGUAACAAAUAUAUUCAAGAUACCACUCGUUUGCAUUGCAAUCCCGGCUGUACUAUACUUUGUUGGUGGCUGGUUGACACCAUAUUGAGCCAUUCAAUAAUCAGGAUAAAAAAAGCUUGUACUAUGUUACUUCCACUCUUUGCAGUUGGUUUUAUUUUUAUAUAAAAAUGCACUUAAAAACAGGAAUUGUAUAAUAUGUAGUGUAGCUAUUCAACCCCCAUUCAAAUGAAAUAUUAGUUAGUACAAAUUAGACGUAGUAAUAAUGUGAUUCCAUUAAUAAAAACAUAUCUUUAAGCACCCUCA